GCGUGUCUGCGUAGACAGAUACCCCCCGCCAACGAAUCGUGGUCGUGGGCUGUGAGAUAAGCCGGGAGAACAGAGCAACGCCGCUAGAACCCAAGAUGUUUCAGGCUUACCCGGGCAAGCAAGCCGGUGAUUCUCCGGCCCUCCCGGGUUCUCGGCGGUCUCGCGACGGCUCUCCUCCCCGCAGAGUCACCGUUGCGUUUGCCGCUACUUUAUUACUGGUGCCGAUAUUGCUUCUUGCCGUCACGUUCCUCCCAACCGGCCCAGUACAGAAGCUCAAACUAUGGUCGGGUGCUCACGCUGGGGAGGGCGAAAAGGCGCUGCCGCUUGGGGAUGACGAAUAUGUCAUCGGGGUAGGCAAGGCUGAUAUAACUGGCCCUUGCGUUGAGAUCAAUUUGAUGGGCUACGCCGACCCGAACCAGAUCGGAACCGGCCUGCGGCAGCGUCUCUAUUCUCGGGCAUUUAUUGUGGCCGACCCGGCCAAUCCGGCAGACACGUUCCUAUAUCUCGUCCUCGAUACGCAGUCCGGCGAUACGGCUAUCCGCUACGGCAUCCUGUCUGGGCUGCGGGAGUUGGGGUCCGGAUACGAGAACUACGGCGACCACAACCUCGCCGUCACCGGCACGCACUCGCAUUCGGGUCCCGGUGCCUGGCUCAACUAUCUCUUGCCUCAGAUCACGAGCAAGGGUUUUGACCAGCAGAGUUACCGGGCCAUUGUCGACGGCGCCCUCCUGUCCAUCCGUCGAGCACACGAAAGCCUUGCGCCGGGCCGGCUCAGCGUCGGAUCUACCAAGGUCUUCGGAGCCAACAUUAACCGCAGCCUCUUUGCGUACCUCGCGAAUCCGGAGGAGGAGCGUGCGAGAUACAACAUCAGCUCGGAGGAUGACGGGUCCGUAGAAAAAGACCUAACCCUGCUGAAAUUCCAACGUGCCUCCGAUGGCAAAAACAUCGGCGUCCUAACAUGGUUCCCUACGCACGGAACUUCGGUGCUCGGCAACAACACGUUGAUAUCGGGGGACAACAAGGGGGUUGCGGCCUACCUGUUCGAGAGAAGCGCCGUCGACGACGAGACGGCUGCCGAGGGGUUCGUAGCCGGCUUCUCGCAGGCGAGCGUCGGCGACACGAGCCCCAACGUCCUCGGCGCCUGGUGCGAGGAUGGUUCGGGGGAACAGUGCAGUUUCGACAAGAGCACGUGUUCGGAUGGCCGAUCUCAGAAAUGCCACGCCCGAGGUCCUUUCUUCAUGGUGAAUGACGAAGGAACGUCUUCGUGCUUCGAGAUCGGCAGGCGACAGUUUGAACCCGCGAGGAAGUUAUACGACCGCCUCAACCAGGCACCGAACCCGAUCCGCGGGGGAUGGGUAAAAUCCUUCCAUACCUUCCACAACAUGUCUAACCACCGAUUUCAACUCCCUAACGGGACAGAAGUCAGAACGUGUCCGGCUGCGCUGGGCUACUCCUUCGCCGCCGGCACGUCCGACGGUCCCGGCGCCUUCGACUUUACCCAGCACGGAAGCAAUUCUUCCAACACCUCGCCGGUGUGGCGCGUCGUCGGCGGGAUGCUGAAGCAGCCGAGCGAAGACCAGGUUGCGUGCCAUUCCCCCAAGCCGAUCCUCCUCGACGUCGGCGAGGUGUCGAAGCCGUACUCGUGGACGCCGAACGUGGUCGACGUGCAGGUGUUCCGCGCGGGCCAGCUGGUCAUCAUCGUGAGCCCCGGCGAAGCGACGACGAUGGCCGGGCGUCGCUGGAAGAACGCGGUCAGCGACGAGAUAACGGCACUGUUCGCGGACGAGCUGGCGCAGUCGGCGGCGCCUAUCGUCGUGCUGGGCGGGCCGGCGAAUACCUACACGCACUACAUCACUACCGAGGAGGAGUAUGGGAUUCAACGCUACGAGGGGGCGAGUACGCUGUACGGGCCGCACACCUUGGCAGCUUACAUCAACGUGACGCUGUCUUGGUUACCGUACCUCAGAUCGUCGACGAGUAGCCGCCCGCCCCGGGGGCCGGAGCCGCCGAACAACAGCAACCGGAGCCUCAGCUUCAUCCCGUCGGUCCUCCACGACUCGCCGCCACUCUUCAAGAAGUUCGGCAAGGUCGAGCGGGACGUCGAGCCGAGGUAUCAAAGGGGCGCGCGGGUCACGGCGACGUUUGUCGGGGCGAACCCGCGCAACGACCUCCGGCUCGAGCGCAGCUACGUCGUCGUCGAGAAGCUCGUCCCUGACUCGUCUGGGACCGGGUCAUCGGGCGAGCUGCGUAAGGAGCGAGGAAGAGGAUGGGCGGCAGCAGCAGCAGGAGAGCAGGGAGGAGAAGAAGAAGGAAAAGGAAAAGGCGGUUCACUCUGGCGGGUGGUCCGCGACGAUAGUGACUGGCACCUCGUGUUCCGGUGGCGGCGGACGAGCGAGCUGCUGGGCACGAGCGAGGUGGAGGUGACGUGGGAGACGGAGGACCCGUGGGCAGAGCCGGGGCAGUACCGGUUCCGGUACCACGGAGACGCGAAGGAUCUUGCGGGGCGGGUCGCCGGGUUCGAGGGCGUGAGCGGGGAGUUCGAACUUGUCUGAGAGGUGGAUGGAUUAACUGUUAGGCUGUUACGGAAAACAGGAAGGAAAAGGGAGGUACCUAUGCGGAGGUCGAUU